CUCUCCCCCCCUUCUUCCCACCUUCUCUCCUUCCCAAGGCAGUUAGCCAGUUACAGCCUACAGCAGCCAGCAAUCUCCAGUGCACUGACCGGCGACGAGCAUGAAGUAUGUGCUGGUGACCGGCGGCGUGGUGAGUGGCCUCGGCAAGGGCGUCACGGCCAGCAGCAUCGGCGUGCUCCUCAAGGCCUGCGGCCUCCGCGUCACCUCCAUCAAGAUCGAUCCAUACCUCAACACCGAUGCCGGAACCAUGUCCCCCUUCGAGCACGGCGAAGUGUUUGUCCUGGACGACGGUGGUGAGGUGGACUUGGACCUUGGAAACUAUGAGCGGUUUCUGGACAUCAAGUUGACUCGCGACAACAACAUAACCACGGGGAAGAUCUACCAGGCUGUUAUUGACAAAGAACGAAGAGGGGAUUACCUCGGAAAAACUGUUCAGGUUGUGCCACACAUUACAAAUGAGAUACAAGAGUGGAUCGAGCGUGUGGCGAUGAAUCCCGUUGAUGGCACAGACAAGCCAGCUGAUGUGUGCGUCAUAGAACUUGGUGGCACUAUAGGGGACAUCGAAUCGAUGCCUUUUAUCGAAGCAUUGGGUCAAUUUUCGUACCGCGUAGGAGCUGGCAACUUUUGCUUGGUUCAUGUUAGUCUUGUACCAGUUCUAAAUGUAGUUGGUGAACAGAAAACCAAGCCUACCCAGCAUAGUGUCCGUGGACUAAGAGGACUUGGAUUAAUGCCUGAUAUAUUGGCAUGCCGCAGUACUGAGCCUCUGGAAGAAAAUGUGAAACAGAAACUCUCGCAGUUUUGCCAAGUUCCGGUUUCAAAUAUUGUUAAUCUCCAUGACGUAACAAACAUUUGGCACAUCCCCUUGUUGCUCAGGGACCAGAGAGCCCAUGAAGCUAUUCUGAGGGUUCUUGGCCUUUGGUGUGUGGGCAAAGUGUCUCAAGAACCCAAGUUGUCCGAGUGGACUGAAAGAGCCAGCAAGUUCGACAAAUUGAAAUCUCCGGUUAGGAUUGCCAUGGUUGGAAAAUAUACUGGUAUAUCAGAUUCCUACCUGUCUAUUUUGAAGGCUCUUCUGCAUGCAUCGGUCGCUUUGGACAGAAAACUCGUGGUGGACUGGGUUCCUUCCUGCGAUCUAGAAGAUUCUGCAGCUAAAGAGACGCCUGAUGCCUAUGAAAAAGCAUGGGAUCUGCUAAAGGGUGCAAAUGGAGUACUAGUUCCGGGAGGCUUUGGAGAUAGAGGUGUCCAGGGAAAAAUUCUUGCUGCAAAGUAUGCACGAGAAAAGAAUGUUCCAUAUCUUGGCAUUUGCCUGGGAAUGCAGAUUGCAGUGAUUGAGUACGCCCGUUCUGUCAUGAAUUUGUGUGGCGCUAACAGCACAGAGUUUGAUCCAGCUACAAAGACACCUUGCGUUAUUUUCAUGCCAGAGGGCUCCACAACUCACAUGGGUGCAACAAUGCGCCUUGGUUCAAGAAGGACAUUUUUCGAGGUCAAUAACUGUAAAUCUGCUAAACUGUAUGCCAAUGCUAACUAUGUGGACGAAAGACACCGCCACAGAUACGAGGUGAAUCCUGACAUGGUCUCAGAAUUUGAGAAGGCAGGCCUUUCUUUCGUUGGAAGGGACGAAAGCGGGAGGCGUAUGGAGAUUAUUGAGCUACCGGCUCAUAGGUUUUUCGUGGGCACGCAAUUUCAUCCUGAAUUUAACUCUAGACCUGGAAAGCCGUCACCACUUUUCUUAGGAUUAAUAGCUGCAUCAUCUGGACAGCUAGAGCACCUGCUGCAGCGUUCCAGCGGCACUGUCAGCUCGCCGUCCAGAUGCAUUACCGGCACCGGAGCUGCCAAGUCCAAUAAACUGUUCAAGAAUAAACCGUUGAAUGGCCUGGUGACCACAUACUUCGGGAACGGCAGCAGCAUUCACAUCUAGCAUCACAUCAGCUGACCUUUUUUUUUUCUGCAUGUGUCGUGUUUUUUUUUAGUAUGGAUUUAAAUCUCUCUGAUCAACCAACCAAGAAGAGAUCGUCAGCUCCAGCGCCAUGACGAGCUGUUUCCGGGGUUUUAGGAAGGGAACUAUUGGGCGCAUGAGCGCGUGGAAGCAAAUUAGCUAGGGUUUAUUAGUGCCACUCUAGUCUGCUAUGGCUUUCGCUUGCUUGCUUGUUUGUUUUAUUAAGGAUGGACGUGCAGGUGCGCCUAGCUUCAGUUUCAAGCCUGCCGUCUCGCCUGCUUGUACAUUGUAAACAAGAACUGCUGCUAUCCAGAGACUGAAUUGUUAUAAACUAGUAAUAUUGUGGCAAAAA